UCGGACCACGUGAUUCUUUACCAUCAGUGUAUAAACAGCUUUGUAUGUAUAUUAUACUAAAAUAGUUUAUUGUUUGGUUUUGUGCAUAGCGGUAAAAGAACGCGUUAAUGGAAACCAGCACGGCAAGAGUGAACAUAGGAGACAUUGGGUUCUGGGCUGAUCGAACCGCAGUGCACGAGGCAGCCAGCCAUGGGCAGGUCCUGCAGCUGAAGCAGCUAAUCGAGAGCGGAGCCUGUGUGAACGUAGUCACCGUCGACUCCAUCACGCCACUUCAUGAAGCCUGCCUGCAAGGCCAGACUCACUGUGUCCGGUUACUGCUGGCAGCAGGUGCACAGGUUGAUGCAAGAAACAUCGAUGGCAGUACUCCUUUGUGUGACGCCUGUGCCGCUGGAAGUAUAGAGUGCGUGAAGUUACUUUUAGAACAUGGAGCCAAAGUAAAUCCUGCUCUGUUUACUGCUUCUCCUCUUCAUGAGGCCUGCAUGAGUGGUAACUCAGAUUGUGUUAGACUUAUGAUCUCAGAAGGGGCCAAGCUGGAGGCCCAUGACUGCCAUUUUGGAACUCCACUGCACGCUGCCUGUGCCAGAGAGCAUGUGGACUGCGUCAAGGUGCUGCUGAAUGCAGGUGCAAAGGUGAAUGCAGCCAAACUUCACGAGACAGCUCUUCAUCAUGCAGCCAAAGUAAAGAAUGUGGACUUAAUUGAAAUGCUGGUUGAAUUUGGAGGGAAUGUGUAUGCCAGGGAUAACCAGGGUAAAAAGCCAAUUGACUAUACCAGAGCUGGCUCUCCACCUUUACUCUGCCUGCAGUUUUAUGAAAGAAACCCACUGAGCUUGCAGCAGCUGAGUAGGGUCAGUCUGAGGAAAGCCCUGGGGACAACAGGCCUUGAAGUAGUAGCCCAGCUCAAUAUCCCACAGAGAAUAAUCAACUACCUCUCUUACCUAUGAACUCAGCUGCGGGAAUGGAACUGCAGUAUACUUGAACACUUCGGUGCAAUAUCACAGUUAAAGCUAAACAUGUAAUAGUACAGGUACUGUAUAAAGAUCUCUGCAUAUCAUGCUUCAGUGUUAUGAUGGUAUACCUUCAUCUUUACAGUGCAAAACCAGCAGAAAAUGUUCUAGAAUACAUCAGUGGUGAAUCACUUUUUCUGUUGUAGUACAAUAUCAACUGGCAAUCUGAAAGCCUAGAAUUCUAAUUAAUUCUGAUAUGUAGUGUAAGAUUAAAUUGUAUUUUGAGAACUUCAUCAGACAAAGGGUCAAUUUCAGUUUUAUGUAUGACUGAGAAAUAAAAGAACUGGGAUCAUAAAUAGAAAUCGUUUUUCCUCAUGUAACUUAUAUACAGUGUUUAGAUAUCGCCUGGCACAUACCAGUUGUACACCCAGAGUGGAAAUUAAUGGAAAACUGGUUAAGAUCCGAGAUCUGAAGGGAAGAUCUGGUGGCAAAUUUGUGUAACAACAAAGUAAUAUGUAUAGCAACAGGACAAAUUCUUUGAAAGGCAGAGCAAACACAGAAAUGAUUGGUGAGACAUAGGUGAAAUUGCUGCAAUGCUAUUUCUUGAGUAGCUUCUAAAGCAGUACAUCAGAAGCAUUGAUAUGGGACAGUUUAAACAGUACAGACUUACCUAACACUUUAAGGAAGUGAAAAGAAAUACUUAGGGCCCUGUUUAUUUUGGUAUUGCUAUGGUGACCUUUCAGUAUUACUUUAAUGUACCGAAUGUUUUUGGUGUGUUUUAUAGUUACUUGACUGGAAUGUUGGCAUGUUUUAUUUCUUAAAAUGAAAUGGUAAGGCUUUUUUUCUGGACCUAAUGGAUACUUCCACAAAUAAAAGUAUCCAAUUUCUUUCUUAGAAAAGAGUAUCCUGAUAUACAAAGUUGGACUGGAUUAACAGUAUUUUAGGUUUGUAAAUUAUCUCUAUUCUUAAGUAAAUAAUUCAUUAUUGAAGUGUCAUCUUCAAUUUGCAUUUCAAUUCCUUCAUUGCAAUAAAGGUACAGUGAUACUUAAAACAUAAACAAAAGUGUUAAUUUUCCUUUUUGUUCAAGCUACAAGGUAUUUAUAGUAUUUAACAAGCAACUAUGUAUAGUUUUCCCAGUUUACAAGAGAGUAAUAGUGAGGAUGAAAGCAUGAUUAAUAGUUAAUAAUGAACAAAAACAACCUCAUUACACUAAAACUGGGUGGCAGCUCUUCUGAAGAACCCAUUCAGAUUUUUCAGGAAGUUUAAUUGUACAGUAUGUAGGUUAUUUAAAACCAUAUUGCUACUUGUUCCUGUUGUAAGCAUGUCUAGUUCACUUUAUAUGUCUUGGAAAUCUAAUGAAAAAAUGAUUCUUGCUUAUACUAUGGCAGUAUUUUAAGCUUUAGGUUUAUUAAUGUAAAUUUGCAAGCUCUGAAAAAAGUUAGACUUUUUGAAGUUUUAAGUACUGAAACUAUGUAAAAUGCUAAAUUGAAAUGAACAACGGUUUUAUUGUAACUACUGUGUGGGUAGUUUUACAUUCUGAGCUAAAUACCAUAAAGGAACCUGAAUAAAUUUAGUACUUGAGAACAGUAAACAAUAUAUAAUAAAAUACCAACUUUUCUUAGUUCCUUUGUCCUGCACAUUUAAAAAAAGCAUCUAGUCAUUUAUAGUAAGAUUACAAAUCAUAUAAUAAAUUAUAAAACAGCAAUAUAUGUCUUUUUAAAAGGUGUGACGAGAUCACCAAUUGGUCACAAACAGCACAGAUACAGUAACACCCUCUCAUUCCUGACCUCAGUGAUGCCCUGAUAUUCUUGUCAUUAGUGCUGUGUGAUCUAGGUCACUGCUGACGAGAUGAUCUUUAAAGUUCUUGAAAUCAAGGAAAAACGUAGUGGAAACUGCAUCAGAAAGGGAAAUAUCUGAGGUCUUGAUCUGAGUGUUUUUCCUUUCAGCCAGUCCAACAGGAAACUCCCUCUAUAACAACGUCUGUUUUCUGUCUCUGAAUCCUGGUUAUUCUAAAAAUAUUCUUUCUGAAAACCCUCAUAUGAUUUUGGUUUUCUUUAAAAGAAAAGACUUCCUUAGAAAAGUGCAACAUAUUCUCUGAUCCAUGAAAGCAAGCACUUUUAUUUCACUUAAAUUGUAGGAUUUAAGCUAUGAAACAAAAUAUUUAAAAUGUGUAUUUCUUAAUGUCUUUAUGAAUGGAUUUCAUCAUAAUUUUGUUUGUGUCAUUAGGGUUAUCAUAUACAAGUUUAGAAUAUGCAGUGAUGUAAAACUAAUCUUGUCAACGUGAAACUGGGUUCCUUUAAGCCAAAAAUGUGAAAUCUCCUUUGAAUCCUGGCAAAUAACAUUUGUGUUACUUUCCAAUGUAUUAAGUAUCUUUGUUAUACGGUAUAACAGGAAAUACAGUGUACACCACAUUUACUAUAGAAUUAAAUGAUCUAAUGGCGUUCUUGCUACCAACACUUUUUGUCAACACUUUUUUAUUUUGCUACAUGAGAGAAAAAAUAUUCAGUCAUUUCCUGGAUGAUCACAUUACUGUAUUAGCACUGUGUAAAUCCUAUAACACUGCAAAUUAAAGUAAUUAUAUGAAUGUUCCCAUUGCACUAUAAACAGAUACUAUAGUUCAGAUGCUGAGACUUGAAAUAAAAUGUCAUCUAACAUGUAUAAAACAGUUUAUACAAAAUAACAUGAGUAGUGCACAAAUUAAGUAUUGGUAUUAUGUAUAGCAUGUCAGAUAUAAUACCUUAAGUGGGAACAAAUUGAAGCUGUUUCAAUUGUUUUGCUACUGCACUAUUUUUGUAUAUUAUUAUUACUGUUGGUCUUCCGUUACCAGUUACGAAGCAUCCAAUACUUGUUGUAGAAUAAUUGUAUUGAUAUCACUGACAUUAUCAUUUUCAAAUAAAGAUAUAUCUUUCAGAAACAGAAUGCUGUUGUUUACUUGAUACUUUCCUAUUAAAAAGUUU